AUGUGGUACAUCAGGAAGUGGGCACCAGGAAUUCGAGCACAGAAGCCUCCACCAGAAGUCCCAAUCUGGGUCAAGUUCAUUGAACUCACUUUGGAAUAUGUUUCAGGUCGAGUUCUUAUGCGCCUUGCAAGCAAAUUGGGGAAGCCACUAUGGAUCGACCAAUCAACUCGUUUAGGGCAGAGAUUGGGAUAUCCCAAGGUGCUUGUGGAGAUGACGGUCGAUGAAGAGUUUCCAAAUGAGCUGAAACUAGUUCCGAAUCGAAAUCCCGCUAUGUUUGUUCAACUAAAAUAUUGUAACAUGCCUGCCAUCUGCCAGAAGUGUCACUAG